AUGAACUCAUCCUCAGAACCAACAAAUCAGAAGGUGGCUGCUAACUUUGAGAAUGGCGCGCUAUUGAGAAGUCGGUACAGAUCUCUAGGAAAAAUAAAUGAAGGGUCUUAUGGUAUUGUUUAUUUAGCAGAAGACAUCAUUACCAAAGAAAAAUAUGCGAUCAAGUAUGUUUAUCCUCUAGACGAUGACUCAAGUUCUGAUGAUGAGGCCCAAAGAGAAAUUGAUAUUUAUUUAAAAUUGGGUCGACACCAAAAUGUGGCAUCGUUAGCUGAUUAUUUUGGAUCUUUUCUUGUUUUAGAGUACUGUGAAAAGGGUGAUCUUUAUGAUUUAAUCAAGGCAGAUGAGGGGCCAAAGACUAAGAAAGAAAUUCUUGAUGUCAUGCAUCAACUAAUUGACUUGAUUUCAUAUUGUCAUCAAAAGGGAAUUUAUCAUCGGGAUAUUAAACCAGAAAACAUCUUUAUUACAAAUGAUUGUCAAAUCAAGCUUGGCGAUUGGGGUUUAGCAACCACUGAAAGAUAUUGUACUGAUUUUGAUGUGGGUAGUGAACGGUAUAUGGCUCCAGAACUAUUUGACAACGGAGCUAGUUCAAGUGAAAGUUCAGAGGAAUCAGAUAACAAUUAUUACGACGCAGCAAAAGCCGAUAUUUGGUCUUUGGGUAUUUGCUUUUUGAAUCUUAUUUUCCAUAAGAAUGCCUUCAAUAUUGCUGACGCCAGCGAUAAAAUGUUUUUAAACUUUUGUUCCAAUAGAGAAGUUUUGUUUGAUAUUUUCCCAACUAUGAGUCCAGAUUUGUUCAACGUGUUGAGACACUGUUUGACCAUAAAUCCCGAUAACCGAGAUUUGGAUGCAAUCAAGUCAGAAUUGUCCAAGCUCAAAGAAUUGACAUUCGAAGAAAGUGAAUAUGAGGAUGAAGAUAUCGAUGAAGAUAUCGACGAAGAGCUAAUCAACAACCAAGUACCAGUUGCCAUUUACGAUGAGACUUCUAACUUUACCACGAAAAAUGCCAAGCCAAUAAACAUUAACAAAUCUUACCAAAUUCAUCAGGAUCGGCAACCAUUGUCUAUUCAAACACCUAACAAAUUAGGCAACUUGAAUAGCUAUAAUAAUAGUUACAAGUUCAACCGUAUGGAUUUGUACACGCCUCCUAUGAAAAGAUAUCAGAAUGCUGGGAACUACAAAGCCUACAAACACCGAAAUAAGGGACAUCAGCGAAAUUCGUCUUCUAAUUCUAAUAUUAAGCUCAAUCCGGAUCCUAAGCAUCUUAGUGUGACAAAAGAGCCGAAAAAAUAUAACAAUCCUGUCUCACGUCAAAAGGAAGAUAAUGGUAGCAAUCAAGCAACAAAAACGUUGGCUUCCCGCAGAAAAUUCGCCGCUCCAAAAAUUGAUACCAAGACCAUCAAUACUAAUAGUAGCAUUUACAUUCCACCUAAUUUGCGGAACAGAUUGAAAUCACCGGCGUAUCUGGCGAAAACUUUUACUACUGAUGUUUAUCAAGUGAACAACAGAGACUUUUCUUUACCAUCAGUCAGUGUGUCUGAGGUUUCUACAAUUGCCGAAGUUCUGUUUGAAUCAGGAGAUGUUUCUCGUGAUGUUUUACUUGACGAUUUGGAUGAUCUGCUUGGCAGUAAUCUCAAAACUUUGAAUAUCUCAGACUCUGCCCCAACCUCAACCACUGGUGCCUCUGGUACUAUCAAAGCAAAUACGACAACCACAACCCCAAAUUUAACUACUUCAAAUACAUCUAUUGCAGGUUCAGGUACGACUGGUGUAUCAUUUUUUGAUGUAUCCAUGGCCCAAAGAGAUGGUGACUCAAGCCUGUUGGGUAAUGCCCAAUUACAAAGCUCUGAUAGUAAUCUGUCGAGUGUAUCUACGAGUGUCAAAUCACUGCAAGCCCCGACCAUUUCUAAUGCAAAAGCGUAUGUGCCACCGCAUCAUCGACCAGAUUACGAUGCCUCGAAAUAUAGAAGGCGUAAAAGUUUCAAUGAUCGAAAAGUUGCUAAACCUAAAGUUUUAUCAAGCUACGAUAACAAUCAAAGGGAAUUUGAUGAUGCAGUUAAAGCAGGGUUGAGCAGGACCGAUUCGAGCUCGACUUUGACUUUGUCUUCCUCCAUGCCUCAUAAUUUUGAUUCAGAAUCUAAGCCGAUCGAUAAUACUUGGCCCGACUAUGACAAAGGGGAGGAUGCGGAUAUUUCUGAUAAUAAUAAUAACUCAUCCCAUGGACGUAGCAAUGGCGAUGGCCAAGAGCACAAGAAGAGACAUCAUCAUCAUCAGCAGCAGCUCAAGAAACAUCAUCUGAAUAGCAUGGCAAAUCGCCGAAACUCUCAAUCAGGUAAUUACCAGUACCAUCGCCCAACAGCUGCCACAUAUAGGCUCAACUAUGGUGACCCAGGUAAUGAUAAGCCUAAUUUUUCUCCAUUAAAGAAUUAUAAUAACGUCAAGAAAAUACCAUUAUCAACAAUUGAUGUUCAAAAUUGA